AUGGCCGGUAGGCCUCACGGAUCGCAUCACGCCGUUGGCCACGAUGACGACCUACUCCUGGACUCAGGUCCAGUCUAUAGCUCUGGGCAGCCCCCACCCGUGAACGACGAACACCUCCUUGAACACUACGACAUUGACGAUUCCGACCAGCCCCAUGCGCAGCCGCGCCCUUCCGUAUCCUACGAUAGUUUUGUCGGCAGCCGUGCGCAACAAGUCGGAGCACAUCACAAUCCAGCUCCUGGUCCCGCGCAUGUCGCCCACUCGGGCGUGUACGGGAGUGAUCCCUACAUCGACGAUCCAGUCACCCGGACCUAUUCGCAGUCCUCCGGACUAGAUAACUACCAGCGGUACUCCUUUGACGAACUCGAAGACUCGCACUCCGGAUACUACGACCUCGAUCAUGAUGAUCAUGAAGAUCGCAUACCGAGCUCCGCUCAUGUUCGCAAGGCGAAUGAGCGGAACAGCAUUAUGGGGUUGGGUGGUGGCAUGUUGGGGAAGGCAAAAUACAUGUUUGGAAUGGGACCGCAAUAUUCCGAGAUGGAUCUGCCAUUAACAGAGGCCGGAGCGAGAAGAGCAACAGUAGACAGCAGUGAUGCGACAGCCGCCCCGAAAGCCAAAAAGUCUUCCGGCGCGUCUGGCUUCAAGUCCAUAUUUGGCCGAAGAAAGGUCGAUCCCGCAAGCUUGGGUCCUCGAAUCAUCCAGGUCAACAAUCCCCCUGCCAACGCUACACACAGAUUCAUCAGCAAUCAUGUAUCGACCGCGAAGUACAACAUCAUUACUUUUAUUCCCAAAUUCCUCUUCGAACAAUUCUCCAAAUACGCCAAUCUUUUCUUCUUGCUCACCGCCGUCCUGCAACAAAUCCCCAAUGUCUCGCCGACAAGCAAAUACACCACCAUCGUGCCGCUGGCUAUCGUGUUGGCGGUAUCCGCCAUCAAGGAACUGGUAGAAGAUUACAAGCGACGAAUGUCGGAUCGGGGAUUGAAUUACUCCAAAACGCAGGUUCUCCGCGGCUCUUCAUUCCACGAGACAAAAUGGGUUGAUGUUGUAGUUGGGGAUAUCGUUCGAGUCGAGUCCGAGCAACCAUUCCCUGCGGAUUUGGUCCUCAUGGCGUCAUCGGAACCUGAGGGAUUAUGUUAUAUCGAAACGGCCAAUCUGGAUGGCGAGACCAACCUGAAGAUCAAGCAGGCCAUUCCCGAAACAGCUCAUCUGGUUAGCCCCAGUGACUUGGGUCGGCUGGGUGGACGAGUUCGUUCCGAACAACCCAACAGCAGUCUUUAUACCUAUGAAGCUACCCUGACCAUGAACGCGGGCGGUGGUGAGAAAGAGUUGUCUCUCGCUCCGGACCAGUUGCUUCUUCGUGGUGCAACUCUGCGCAACACGCCCUGGAUCCACGGUAUUGUCGUUUUUACUGGACACGAAACCAAGUUGAUGCGGAACGCAACAGCAACACCGAUUAAGCGGACUGCUGUGGAACGCAUGGUCAACAUCCAGAUUCUGAUGCUUGUGUGCAUUCUUGUUUCCCUCAGUGUUAUCAGUUCUGUUGGUGACCUGGUCAUUCGUAAAGCCAAAGGCAAAUCACUUGCCUACCUGGAUUAUGGUGAUACCAACGCCGUCAGCCAAUUCUUCUUGGAUGUUUUCACCUACUGGGUGCUAUAUUCUAAUUUGGUCCCUAUCUCUCUUUUCGUCACCAUUGAGAUCGUCAAAUACUUCCAAGCUUACCUCAUCAACUCUGAUCUUGACAUUUACCAUGUCGAAACGGAUACCCCUGCAACAUGUCGUACAUCAUCUCUGGUCGAAGAGCUUGGCCAGAUUGAAUACAUCUUCUCGGACAAGACAGGUACUUUAACCUGCAACCAGAUGGAGUUCAAGCAGUGCACAAUUGCUGGUGUCCAGUACGGAGACGAUGUUCCCGAAGACCGACGGGCUAAUUCGGAUGAAGAUUCUGAAUACGGGAUCUACGAUUUCAAGACUCUCCGGAGAAAUUGCCAGUCACACCCCAGUCAGCAUGCUAUCCAACAAUUCCUUACUCUCUUGGCCACCUGCCACACGGUUAUCCCCGAACGCAAGGGAAGUGAUCCCAAUGAUAUCAAGUACCAGGCAGCUUCACCCGAUGAGGGUGCCCUGGUUGACGGUGCUGCUACUUUGGGAUACCGUUUCACGAACCGCAAACCUAGAUCCGUUCUUUUUGAAGCCGGUGGCCAGGAACAUGAAUAUGAGCUUUUGGCGGUUUGCGAGUUCAAUUCGACUCGUAAGAGAAUGUCUACAAUUUUCCGGUGCCCAGAUGGCAAGGUUCGGAUAUACUGCAAGGGUGCCGACACGGUCAUCCUUGAGCGGCUUCACCCAGAUAACCCCACCGUGGAGACAACCCUCCAACACCUUGAAGAGUAUGCCUCGGAGGGUUUGCGUACUCUCUGUCUUUCCAUGCGCGAGAUUCCUGAGGACGAAUUCCAGCGAUGGUGGCAAAUCUUCGACAAGGCCAACACCACCGUGGGCGGCAAUCGUGCCGAAGAACUCGACAAAGCUGCUGAGCUGAUUGAAAAGGAUUUCUAUCUUCUUGGUGCCACCGCUAUUGAGGAUAGACUGCAAGACGGCGUCCCCGAUACGAUUCACACGCUUCAGACUGCCGGAAUCAAGAUUUGGGUUCUGACUGGUGAUCGCCAGGAGACUGCCAUCAACAUUGGCAUGUCGUGUAAGCUCAUCUCAGAAGACAUGACACUUCUCAUCAUCAAUGAAGAGACUGCGGAAGCCACACGUGCCAAUUUGCAAUCGAAAAUGGAAGCAGUCAAGACUCAAGCUAGCUCUGGUGACAUUGAGACCCUGGCUUUGGUGAUUGAUGGAAAAUCCUUGACAUUCGCCUUGGAGAAAGACAUGGAGAAGCUGUUCCUGGACCUUGCUGUCAUGUGCAAGGCCGUCGUUUGCUGCCGUGUUUCUCCCCUGCAGAAAGCCUUGGUCGUCAAGCUUGUCAAAAGACACUUGAAAUCCCUGCUUCUAGCUAUUGGUGAUGGAGCAAAUGACGUGUCCAUGAUCCAGGCAGCUCACGUUGGUGUGGGUAUCAGCGGUAUGGAAGGUCUCCAAGCUGCUCGAUCGGCCGAUGUGGCAAUUGCCCAGUUCCGUUUCCUCCGAAAGCUUCUUUUGGUCCACGGAGCCUGGAGUUAUUCUCGUAUCAGUCGAGUUAUUCUAUACUCAUUCUACAAGAACAUUACUUUGUACAUGACACAGUUCUGGUAUUCCUUCCAGAACGCCUUCUCUGGAGAAGUUAUCUACGAGUCGUGGACACUCUCCUACUACAACGUGCUAUUCACUGUUCUCCCUCCAUUCGCCAUGGGCGUUUUCGACCAAUACAUCUCCGCUCGACUGCUGGACCGGUACCCUCAAUUAUACCAGAUGGGCCAAAAGGGUCUCUUCUUCAAAAAGCACAGUUUCUGGGCCUGGAUUCUCAAUGGUUUCUUCCACUCCCUGCUUCUCUACAUCGCCUCUGAAUUGAUUUUCCUCUGGGAUCUUCCCAUGUUCAAUGGCCACGUCGCUGGCCAUUGGGUUUGGGGCGAGGCAUUGUACACUGCCGUUCUGGGAACCGUUCUCGGCAAGGCUGCUCUGAUCUCGAACAUCUGGACAAAAUACCACUUCAUCGCCAUUCCCGGAUCUAUGCUUCUGUGGCUCAUUUUCCUUCCCGCCUACGGUUACGCCGCUCCCGCCCUUGGAUUCUCCGUUGAAUACUACGGCACCAUCCCCGUCCUCUUCAAACUCCCCGUUUUCUACUUGAUGGCCAUCGUUCUUCCCUGUCUGUGUCUCCUGCGUGAUUAUGCCUGGAAGUACGCCAAGCGCAUGUACUACCCCCAGCAUUACCACCACGUCCAGGAGAUCCAGAAGUACAAUGUACAGGACUACCGUCCCCGCAUGGAGCAGUUCCAAAAGGCCAUUCGGAAGGUCCGCCAAGUGCAGCGUAUGCGCAAGCAACGUGGUUAUGCCUUCUCGCAAGCCGACGACGGUGGUCAAAUGCGUGUCUUGAAUGCAUAUGACACCACCCAAGGUCGUGGACGUUACGGUGAGAUGGCUAGCUCCCGAACUCCGGCCUUAUGA